CACUUCAGUACCGGCCCACUUCAGUACCGGCCCACUUCAGUACCGGCCCAUCGGGAUUCGUCCCGAACGUCCCGAUGGCCAGUCCGCCCCUGCCCACAGGAGCACUUAGAGGUGAAGAGUCCCAGGGACACAACGACAUGCUGACUGCAGUGGGGUUUGAACCUGCUACCCCCUGAUUCGAAGUCCAGCACACUACCCACUGAGCCACAGCCUCUCUGUUGGUGGAGAUAUCAAAUAUAACUGAGAAAUGAAAAAGUUCUGGAUAAUAUCUGUUAAUAUUGGAUUUGUUUAACGAUGUUAGGUUUGUUUUUCCUUUAACUUUAAUAAAUGCAGGUCUUCUCUAAGUCGCCUGUUGUUUGUCUUUUCAAAUGCGCUCUAUAAAUAAACUUUAUUGAUGAAAUCCCGCAGCCAUAAACACAAAACAUACGUGAUUUACUCCACGUUUGUUUGAGUUUCUGAACCAUUAAACUGUGUGUGUCCACUUUACCACGUCAUGUAUGUCCUUUUAAUAAUUCAGAAGUUAAUUACGCUGCACUUCGAGGUGCGUUGAGUAAUGAAUGUUGCAUCAUAUGAUUCGAGCAGAGCUGGAUUUACACGUUUGUUAUUUUUCUGAGGGAAGUUUACCUAACACACACACACACACACACACACACACAAACACACGAAUGCCCUGGAAAACCCGAAACGAGGAAGUGAUUAAAGCGAAGUACAAUUAAAAAUGCUCUUUUGUGAAAAAAUUGAUGACAUUAUUUGUAGUCUGUCGUCACAUUUUGAGUGACAGUCAAUUUCCUCUUUGUGAGGUGUAAGUGACAGUAAACACAGAUUACACCAUCAGCUGUGACCUGUGUGUGUGUGUGUGUGUGUGUGUGUGUGUGUCUUGGGGUUUUUUGGAUGGUUACCUGUCCUAUAUUUCUGAAAAGGUGGGCGGAGGAUUGAUCUGUAUAAAGAGACGGAGCACACAGUCAACUUCACACAGCAUCUGCCAGCAGUGAAGAAAACACUCUCCUAAAAAAGGAUUAAGAUAAUUGAAUCGAUCUGAAAAAUGAAGAUGAUUCCCGCCGCCGUCUCCUUCCUCCGUCCCGCCGCCACCGCCGCCGUGUUGGUUCUCUUUCCGCUGCUUCUGAUUGGCUGGGCCGAGCAGGCGGCAUCACUUCCUGUCGACCGGUCGCUCAGUGAGCCGUUAAGAAACCCUGAGACGCACCAGGCCGUUCAGGACAUCUCCAAACACGCUCAGGGUCUGCAGACGGAGGAAGACUCCAGCUCCAGGCUGAUGCCCAGAGUCAACACCGACCAGGAUCACAUGAAGAUCUGCUGCCUCCACGCUAACAUCCUGGACUUCUACCUGAACAACAUCCUGAAGAAACGCGGAGACCACGUUCAUCCCAACAUGACCCGCCUGAAGGUGGACAUGAACCGGGUCAGCGAGGACCUGCAGGACCAAGGCUGCAACGUGACUCAUUAUCAAGACCAUCAUCACGCCGUGCAGUUUCGCAGGAAGCUCAACAAGAUGGCUCCGGAGCAGGGCUUCAACAAGGCGGUCGGAGAGAUCGACAUCCUCUUCAUGUACCUGCAGGACUUCUGCGUUCUGCGCAGGAACGCCACCGCCACCGAAAACUAAACGUCCUAUUCAUCAUACGUACCACCUUUUUAUAACAGCGACUUUUAUACCUGUAUUUAUUUUCUAAAUUGAGUGUUUUUCUACAACGUAUUUAUAUUGACUCGAGUUCGAAGGAUUAGUGUUUGAUCGAUUUAUUGAUCAGGAAGUUUUAAUGCCGGAGCCGAGAGACUCUGGUGUUCAUCACGUUGCCAUCUUAUGGCUGAUUAUUAAUAUUUAAAUCAUUUUAUUACGAUGAAGGAGGAGGUAUUUAAACGUUACACUCUGCGGGGAGCAAGCUGUGUGUUACCAGAUCUACUUGAAAAUAAAUAAAGUUUGGUUUUGAAUAU